AUGAAUCAACAAAUCGAAACCUUCUCUACAAAGAUCAUAAAACCCUCAUCAGAAACUCCUCGUCACCUUAGAAACCUUAAGCUUUCAUACUUGGAUCAAAUAGUGAUAACUGCCUACACUCCCAUCAUCUUCUUCUACGAAGCCCUCGAGUCGAAAAUCUUGAUCGAAACUAACCAUUCUUGCAUCUCUCGACACCUACAGCAAUCCCUCGCCAAUACUUUGGCGUCAUUUUAUCCUUUAGCGGGGAGAAUCAAAACAAAUUCCCUCGUCGAAUGCAAUGAUGCCGGCGUAGACUUCAUCGAAGCUCGAGCUCAUGCUCGCCUCACGGAUUUUGUGCAUGGACACGACGUGGAAGUCUUGAAGAAAUUGCUACCGCGAGAUCCAAGUGACUUCAAUGGAACCCUAGUUCUUGUAAAACUCACUCUUUUCGAAUGUGGAGGGGUUUCUUUAGGGUUUUGUAUUUCACAUAAGCUCGCGGAUUUUGCAUCGAUCAUGGGGUUUAUCGAUGCGUGGGCAGCCAAAAGCCGAGGAGGGCCAAAAUUUACGCCCUUCACUUUCGACUUGGGAGCAUAUUUCCCGGCGAGAGAACUUCCCGAGCCGAGUUCUUGGACAUUUUCGAAUGAAAAUGAUGUGGCCAACGUGUUUGUUCUCGACAAGGAAAUGUUGGCACUUCUUAAGAGCUCGGCAACCUCACAAUACGUCAAGAAUCCCAUGAGAAUCGAAAUGGUUUCGGCUUUCUUUUGGAAGGUCUUCAUCGAGGUAACCCUAGAAAAAAACCCUAAUUCAAAAGGGUUUUUCUUUGCAUUCCAAUCAAUAAAUCUAAGGCCAAGAAUGAAUCCUCCUCCACAUUUGGAGAAUGUUUUUGGCAAUUGCUACAUGGCAAUUAUGGGACUAUAUUCCCCGGAGCAUGAUCUUGCGCUAGAUCGAUAUCACGAGCUUGUCAGAAUACUGAGAGAUGCGAUCAAGAAGAUCGAUGGAGAUUUCAUUAGAGAGGCACAAUUUGGCGAUAGAUAUUUCAAUCAAUGUUCCGAGUUCUUGGCAUUGCACGAGAAAGGAGAGUUAAGGGAAGGUUGCGCCUUCACUAGUUGGCGCAACUUUCCUUUGUAUGGUGUCGACUUUGGUUGGGGAAACCCUAUUUGGGUAGCGACCGCAAUGCCUAUGAAGAAUUCGAUCGUGUUGAUGGAUACUAGGUGUGGAGAGGGGAUAGAAGUAUGGGUUAAUAUGGAUAGAAAUGUUGUUAAAGAACUUGACAAGAAAAUUGAUCUUAUUCGUACUCAAAUGUUUGUUGGUUAG